GAACAUAGUGAAAAGGACGCUUUCCCGCUCAUGUAAUUAGAUUACUGAGUUUGGUAGUUUUAUUUAGUUGUUUAUUUAUUUUGAAAAUAAAUUUUGAUUAAUCAACAAGAAUGGCAAGUGACGAAUCAGACCAGGCCGAUUCGGAAUUGACUAUCGUGGAGGAGAGUCUAAUGAGCUUGGAGAAACUCGAUCGUGCAUCACCAGAUCUUUGGCCAGAACAAAUUCCAGGUGUAAAUGAGUACGUUGCUCAAAACUCGCCUCAAACUGAACAGCCUUAUUGGACUUCCUCACUGACAGCGAGUGAAAUUAAUCAAUUACAUCAAUUGGGAAACUUAACAAUGGAUCUACUUAUAAAGGAAGUUAAAAAACUUCACGAUUUAGCUUACGAGCUUGGAGUUGAAGAAGCUAGGGAAAUGACGCGCGGUAAAUAUUUGAAUAUUUUUAAGCACAAAUAACAUUUAAGAAACUAAAUUUGUAAAAAAAAUCGUAUUUUUAUUAAAUAUAUCUGUUAAAUAUAAUCUAAA